AUGCACGUGAUCCCCGUGACGAUCGUCAUCACCAUUAGCGCAAUGAUGAUGCAGCGUCCGCAUCGGCGCGCCGCGUGCAGAGCGACGAUGCCCGUUGCCAUGACGACGACGCCGAGGAAGAUGCCCUCCCCCAUCAGCAGCGAGUUCAUGCGCAGUGUCAAGCUCGAGGCGGCGUGUACAGCCACCGACAGACAGAUGAGCAUCACGCUCAGUUUUAAGGAGUACUUCCAGGGCACUGUCUACGCCUACCAGUAUUUUGAGUCACAGCGCUGCCGCACUACUCUCUACGACGUCAAGUCCGUGCAGUUUACUGUGCCGCUCGACGGCUGCGGCACCAAGCACGAGGAGGACGAAUACCACAUGGAUGGGUCUGUUGCCUAUAGCAACGUGAUCAUUGUGAUGCCGUUCACUGACAGUGGCGAUCUGCUCACAAGCAAGGCGAAGCCGUUCCGUAUAGUCUGCCGCGAGGCCCGCAGGAACACGCUUCGUACCGUAGCCUACGCACCGCCAGCAGCUUCAGCAGACGGUAAACCGUAUGUCCAGAUGAAGGUGGUCAGUGGCACGGACACCACUGUUGCGCAAGCUCAACGUCUGCAGGUGGGAGAAACAGCCAUGCUCGCAUUCUACUACCAAACCACAGCUUUCUGGGAUGUGGCGAUCUCUAACUGUGUGGCCCACGACGGUGAAGGCCCCAAGUCACCGGGUAGAGUGCCUCUUGUCGACGAUAACGGGUGA